AUGCCAUGCGCGAAAGAGACUAUGAGUUUGAAGCAAAUAAUUGCAAGCACGGAUGCAAAUUCAAAGUGUAUUGACUGCAAUAUGACCAGGCCGCAAUGGGCAUCCAUUACGUACGGGGUAUUUCUCUGCCUGAACUGUGCAGGCGUGCAUAGAUCAUACGGUGUAAAAGUGAGCAUGGUGAAAAGCCUGAGCAUGGACAUAUGGAAUGACUCAGAAAAGAAAAGAAUGGAGCUUGGGGGCAACAAAAACUUUUUUGAGUAUGUGCAGAAGAAUGGGCUAGAAGGUCUGCCAAAAAAAGAGCUAUACACAUCAAGCAAAAUGAAAACAUAUGUAGAUGCUCUGCAGAAAAGUGUUGAGGAAAUAUUCCCGCAGGCAAAGACAGCAAGUCCAUCAUCCCCAAAAGAAAGGAGGAAGAAAGUAGAAACAACUCCCUCCCCAUCCACAGUGAACGUGUGCUCUGGCUCUGGCAGCGGUAUAGAUGCUGAGGUCUCUCAGAGCAGCUACGUAAACAUGUACAACCAGGCAUCUACCAUGGCUAUGCCAGCACUGGGCAGCCUUCAGACAGGCAUAUCAGAGGUCUUUGGGAAGGCUGCCGAGUACUUCAGCUAUGCAUCUAGCACUAUUUCCGAGCAAAUCUCUGAGAAGGUCAUUACGCCUGCCUCAAGCAUGAUUAAAGAAAGGGGUGAACAGCUUUCUGAGUACAUUAAAGGAAAAGAUAAGAAUAGAAGGGCGCAGGAGAAAGAGUCUUCCAGGGAGGCAAAACCAAAGCCUACAGAGAAAAAACCGCACACAGGAAGCACAAAAGCUUCAUAUGACAAAUGGGAUUAG